AUGCCGCCGCGAUCGUCCCUCACCUCGUCCUUUUCCAUCACAGACUCCAACAACGAGGUUGUCUGCCCGCUCCGAAAUCAAGAUGGCUCAAGCUGUCGGAAACGAUGCAUCGGCGAAAAGAGAUAUCGAUCUAUGCAAGAGCACAUCCGCCGUGCACACCCGGAGCACUACAUAUCCAAGCUUCCAGCGACCGAAGAAAGCUUUCUGCUUAUGAUCAGCACCCCGCCGCAAGAUCGCCGCCAGAAUGAAGGAACACCCUCAGCCACUCAAAGCUUUCAUGAUCGCCAUUCGUUUUAUAGAGAUGAAUCUAGCAAUCCCGGCACUCCGCGGCCCGACGAGAAACUACCCGGGACCAGCUCCAUCUUGGGAACGGCCAGCGCAGCGGCUGUUUUGGCCGAGCUCCAUGGCGUCAAGUCUGAGAGAGAGCUAGAUAUGGAUGGUGGAUAUUAUUCCGAUUUAGAUGGCCGGCGCAGACCGAGAAAAUCCAUCGAGCUGCCGCCUCUGAAUCUCAGCAACAUCACGAGCGACCCGUAUUCCAACAGGCCUCGCGAAAUCCUCCCCUCCCUUUUGGCAGCUUCACCACCUGGGCGGUCGUCAACUUUGCCUCCGCUCCAACGGCCCUUGGGACCGAGCCGGCCUCGCAAGCAGUCUAUAUCAAAGAAAAGCCGAGAAUCCCAUCACAGGAAGAAGCCUUCACGUGGCUCUGAUUGGCUGCGACGUAUUCAGAACGAAGAGCGAUACAGAAGUGGCCAUGACCGCAAGGCUCUCUCUGCCGAGCCGUGGACAGAUUACGGCAAACGAUGGGAAGACUUGAUUGAUGCCGCGGACCAGGCCGCAUCUGCAGCAGGAGAUAUUGACGAGGACCGCACUCCGAUGCCUCAAUCGCCAGUCUCAAUUCACAGAGCAUCGCUGCCUCCAUUUAGUCACCACCAAUUCCAGUCUGCCAGCAACAACUAUCAAGCUUCUCCUCUGCAACAGGCUUUGACGCCACCCUCGUACAAUCAGGAUGUGAUUGAGCCUUUCCCGUCCGUCGAGAGCGGCGAAAGCGGGGAUAAUUUUCACAUUGGAUCUCGCGGGUUGUCGGACUCAUCACCGAGCUACAACUCGCAGAAUAUCCAGAUAUACUGUGCCGCCUGCCACGGCAUAUCCCUGCUUAAGAAUUCAUAUGCCUGUACGGAGUGCAUAUGCGGCCUGUGCUCGUCGUGCGUUGAAGUCCUCAUGUCUGAGCAUGGAGCUCGUAGGAAGUGCCCUCGCUGCGCGACAAUCGGUGGUCGGUACAAGCCCUUUCAGCUUGACAUUAGAUGA